AUGACGACAUCCAGCAGGCAGAGCUCUUCUACAUCUCUGGUCAACAACUUGGCCAAAAUAUUUGCUUUACAAAACCACGGGCUUCAUAAUGAAAUGGAACCCCCUCAAAUUCUUCAUGUUGCAAGUAAUGAUGUCAGCACAUCUGAAAGUUUUAACAUCAUGGAUAUGAAGUUUGCAUCCCUUGAACAGAAAUUAGUUAAGCUGUUGACUCUGCAAGACCAAGUUCUUAAGAAGCUAAACAGUGUUUCUCAAUAAAUCUGUUGCAUUGAAAAAGACAUUGAGAUUGUAAAGGCAGAAGCCUCUGAAUCUGGAUCCCGGAUGGAAAUGCAUGCAAAUCUGAGAAGUGAUGAAAUGAGGAGACUUUGCUUUAAAAUGAAAAAAUCUCUUUCUAAUAUGAAUAGGAAUGCAGAGCAGCAAGUUAAAAGACUAGACAGAUUGGAACAAAGUGUUACUGGGUUACAGCAGCUUGUAGGGCCUUUGAAGGUUAAAACAUCAGUAACCCGUCAUUUAAGUGUAAAACACCAUACUCAGAAACGUAAGCUUUGCAAGGCAGGCAAUUAUAGGAAGGGAGCUGGACAUCUUUUUAGGAUGCAGAUAUUCUCAGACACAACAUGUGAUGCCCUGCUCAAGAAGAAAAAUGAAAAGGUCAUCAAAGAAAAGUCGUAUUUGAGUGAAACAGGAACAAAUUCUAUAAAAGAACAGAAACCACCGGAUUCCACAGAGGGGGCCACCCAGAAGAGCCAGUCCUGGUCUCACAAAGAGAAAGUUUAUAAGCUCAACAAGGAAAAUGCUGAGAAGGCAAGUUCUGUUCUGCUUCAAAUGGAUUCGCCCAAAUUUCAUUCCGGAGGGUCAAAGGAGAAGGGAGAAAGUUUGGCUUUUGAAAGCUAUUACAAAUACAGGAGGAGCUCAGUUCAGCAAUCCUUCACUAUAGAAAAGCAACAGGAAGAUGCUGUUGAUGAUGUUUGUCAAAGGGUAACUGGGCAGGAGAUAGAGAGCAAGUCUCUAGCAGGUGGGAAGAGGAAGGAGGAAUAUCAGGUGUCUGAAGAUGAAAGACAAGAGGAGAGAGAAGAUGAAGAGGAGGGAGAAAUUGGUGAGAAUGAAGAAGAGGAUGAUGAACCACCAGCUGCUUCCCAAAAUGAAGAUGAGGCAGGAGAAAGCCACAGUCAGGAGGCACCACAGGAAAGGUGUAAAGGCUGCGAAAAAGAUGAUAAUCCCACUCCACCAGCACCAUUUGAUCACAGGAUUGUCUCAGCCAAAAGGGCAGGUAUCAGCAGUUACUAUAAUGUCAGCAAGAAUGAAAUCCUGGGAGGAGGGCGAUUUGGCCAAGUGCACAAAUGUGAAGAGAAAGCAACAGGUCUCAAGCUGGCAGCCAAAAUUAUAAAAGCCAAAGGUGAUAAACAAAAGGAUGAGGUAAAGAAUGAAAUCAAUGUUAUGAACCAGCUGAACCAUGUGAACCUCAUCCAGCUGUAUGAUGCCUUUGAAUCCAAAAAUGACAUUGUUCUGGUCAUGGAAUAUGUGGAAGGAGGAGAAUUAUUUGAUCGAAUUAUUGAUGAAAACUACAAUUUGACAGAGAUGGAUACCAUCUUGUUCAUAAAACAGAUCUGUGAGGGGAUCCAGUACAUGCACCAAAUGUACAUUCUUCAUUUGGAUCUCAAGCCUGAGAAUAUCCUCUGUGUGAACCGAGCAGCAAAUCAAAUAAAAAUUAUUGAUUUUGGAUUGGCAAGAAGAUAUAAACCCAGGGAAAAACUUCGAGUUAACUUUGGGACUCCAGAAUUCCUUGCACCUGAAGUUGUGAAUUACGAGUUUGUCUCCUUUCCUACAGACAUGUGGAGUGUAGGAGUCAUUGCUUAUAUGCUACUGAGUGGAUUGUCUCCUUUUUUGGGUGAUGAUGACAAUGAGACUCUCAACAAUAUCCUGGCUUGUAGAUGGGAUUUUGAGGAUGAGGAAUUUCGAGGUGUUUCUGAUGAGGCCAAAGAUUUUAUCUCAAAGCUUCUCAUCAAGGAAAAAUGCUGGAGAAUAAGUGCAACUGCUGCCUUAAAACACCCAUGGUUUUCAGACCACAAGCUCCACUGCAGACUCCAGAAGAAGGCUAAAGGUGACUGUGUGUCCCCAGCACUUCUGGCUCAGUAACCUCUCUGAAAGAGCUGCCAAACAGAAGAAAAGCUGCUGUGUGGUUACUGCUGCUAAGAGAUUUGAAAAUAUCAGCAGUCUUGGUGCUUUAGCCCCCUGCCAUGACCCAGACUUUUACUAAACGGACCAACAGCACUUUAGCUGCAGGACAAGUCCAAGCAUUGCUGAGCUGCUUCCUCUCUAUUCAGCUAUCAAAAGAGGGAAAGUAUUUCUGCAGUUUGCAGGAAGGUGUUUUUGCUUGAACACCGUGUUCUCCAUGGCCGAUUAUGCUA